AUGGAGCGGCGGUGCAAGAACCGGAAGCCGGCGGCGGCGUCGGAGGAGCCGGGGUGUGUCGUCCAUGACGUCCCGGACGAUCUGCUCAGGCUGAUCCUCCUCCGCCUCGACUCCCCGCUCUGGCUCUUCCGCGCGGCGUGCGCCUGCAAACGGUGGCGCCGCAUCGUCGACGGCGGCGACGGCGGCCGCGCCUUCCUCCGCCUCGCCAGAUCGCUCCACCCUCCCGUCGUCGUCAGACACGACCACACCUAUCACGUUGGCGGUCACCGGUUCGUGCCCACGUCGUCGCCGACGACGCUGCCCAUCCUCCCGUCCCUCAACGACUUCUCCACCUGGGAACUCUUACAGCGCCACCACACCAUCGUCGGUGAUGACUGGCGACACUGGCAUGUCGCCGACUGCCACGGUGGCCUCGUCCUCCUUCGCAAGGGGUUCGACGUCGUGUCAGACCUUGUCGUCUGCGACCUGCUGUCACGCCGAUGCCGGGAUAUCCACCUUCCGCCACACCUGCACAUAUCGCGCCCACCAAUGGGCAGCGACUUGCCACGCCUCUUUCUGCUCGACAGCGGCGACGACGACGACGACGGCGGCAACAUCUCCAUAUCGAAUUUCAGGGUGUUGUACUGCUCCGACUACUACUACCACCAUGACAAUCUCUCCAGAGUCUACGUCUUCUCCACAGCUGACGCCGGAGGCGGCUGGCGUUUGGUGAGGCAGUCGACGGAAGCAGUCGACGACGACGACGACGACGACCUCUUCGAAAGCUACAUGGGGCAAGUCAUCGGCCGUAUCGACAGAUGUCUCUAUCUCGCCACGACGGAGGGCAGCGUCAGAGUCCUUGACAAUGCCGGCGCGUUGGAGUUCUCCGAGGUCGAUCUGCCGAUCCGUGUGAGGAAAUCAGGUUCAGACAAUGAGUACUCGACGUUCGCCGUCGUCCAUGGCGGCAGCCCUGAACCCACCGCCUCGCCGGCAACUGCGUUCAUUGUCCAUGUGUGCCGCAAGGACCUGGAACUGUUCCGCCAGAUCCCCAGCAGCGGCGAGUGGGUGCUCGAGCACAGCAUCCCCCGGUUGUCAGAGGCCACACGUGGGCUGCAAGGCCACCCGGAGCCCUCUCGGUGGAGGGAGGUGGACGUCGUCGCCGGCGGCACUAGAUUGGCCGUGUUGGAAGUAUCCUUAACAUGGAGACGACGUGGAGAUAAGAGGAGUUGGUCCUUCUCCCUCGACGUGAACACGAUGCAGCUGCAGGCGAUGCCUGUUGUGGAGCCGAAAAUCUACACGCUGCCAUGGCCUCAGUCCUUGCAUUGACUGUGCCCUAGCUAGCCAGCUUUUGCCAAAUUUACAGGCUUACAUCAAACAUUAUUGAUUUACUUAUCUAUGAAUGGCACAGCAAUAUAUGUUUGCUAUGUUAAUUUUAAUUAGCAACAAAAGAUGGACAAAUGUGAUCAAAUUUCAUGUUUCCUUC